GCCCGUUUACACUAUGCACUACGGUAAAGGAUGGGCGCUACAUCCACGAGCUGCCAGUGGAGCCUGUUGGGAUAACUCAGUGGUUUACUGGGUCCGUGUUACAAUCGGGUGGUCAGGAUGUUAACUCCGGCGUUUGACCUGAGCCAAGAUCCAGAGUUCCUGAUCCUCAGCAUCCGCGUGCCCUACACCAGAACCUCGGAGUUCGACCUUCACGUCGAUGGAGAAGAUUUCAAGUUCUUUGCCAAGCCCUACUUCCUCAGAUUGUCUCUUCCUGGAAGAAUAGUGGAGGAUGGGAGGGAAACGGCCAAGUUUGACAUCGAUAAAGGUCUCGUCACUCUUCGGGUCCCGAAGGAAACAGCUGGAGAGCACUUUGAGGGGCUCCAGAUGCUCACGAGUCUCCUCGCCCCACAAGGCUCCCGUUCAGCAAGACCACUGAUCGAGGACGUGAGCGCGGGAAGCGGUGAAGCGGCGAGGGGUGGUGACGAUGACGAAGAUGGAGAUGAGGAGGAUUUUGACUGGCAGGUCGAGCAGGAGGUGUACAAGGAGAGCUCCGAGGAGGAGCUGGGAGCCCUGCAGAAAUAUGGCUUUGGAAAUCAGAGGUGUGGAGUGUUUGCAAGAUUACAGGAGGAACUGAGCGACGUGACGGAUGUCAAGAACCCAGAGGGAACGACGGCAGCCGAGAGGAGGCGGGGACGUCUCGAGGCAGAAACGGCUGCUUUCUCUCCUGAUCAUUACCUAGCUGAUUUGUUUGAGGACGAUGAGAUCAAGGGGCUGCUGAAGUUCAUGCCAUGGUGGGAAAAGCUGAGUCCUUCGACAGAGCGGGAGGGAGAAGCUGCUGUAUCGUUCACCGACGACGAGAAGGACCAGCUGAGGAAGUUCUCCAACCGCUCGUACCUGCUGGACAAGACGUGCCGGCAGCAAGCGUGGCUCAGCCUGGUGGACGUCCUGCUGGCUUACUGCUACGAGGCGCGCUCUACGGAGGGAGAGCACAACGUUGAGUCCCCGUGGACGAUCAGAAAACUCAGCGGGACUCUCUGCUGGCUGGAGACGUACAGCUCCUUGCGAGACGUCCUGGUGUCGUUUGGACGGAGGGUUUUGUGCUACCCGCUCUACAGACACUUUGCAAUGGCCUCCGCGGCUGUUCGGGACACGACGAAGAUUUUGCAGUCAGGGAGAGCCUGCGUCCUCCGAUGCCUGCUGGAUAUUCACCGAGUGUUUCGAGAGAACGACCCGGCUUACAUACUGAACGACCUGUACAUCACAGACUACUGCGUCUGGAUCCAGAGGGUCAAGUCCAAGAAGAUGUCAGCCUUGGCUGUGACGUUACAAACGGCCUCCCUGUGUAAAAAAGACUUGGAGCUGGAUCUCGAAGAGCUAGAGGAGGCAGCGACGAUGGUGGCUGGGGAAGAGGAGGAGGAAGAGGAGGAGGAGGAGGAGGAGGGAGCAGCGCCGACGUCCCACAGUGAGGACAGCGAAGCUUCCAGCGGCAGCAGCAGCGGUGACUCGUCCGGCGAGAGCGAGGAAUCUGAGGCUGAAGGGCGAAGCUGCGCCGCAUCCACCGGGGGAGGGGGGGCGGGGCCGUCUGAGGACGACCCUCCGCAGCCCCGACCCGCCUCUGCCGGCGCUCUCGUCCCCCGGGAGCCCGCCGCCGGCGCACUCCUCUCAGCGGGGAGCGAGGCGGACGCCCCCCCCUCCAGGCUGCUGAUCCAGGAGCUGGGCGAGCAGGCGGCGGCGCUGACGAUCUCCCAGGACCGGGAAGCGGCGGACGCCACGUCGGGGGGGAGCGGCGGCGGGACUCUGUUGGAGCCGAGCCCCCGCAGGAACCCCCUGCUCAUUGUCCCGGACGCCGGAGGAUCGCCGUGAGUCCGCUGAGAGUCGUGGAACCCUCGAUGGAUUUUGACCCGUCGGCUCGGUUUAGAAUUAACUUGUGAACGAUCUCCGGCGCUCUAACCCGCCUCUCAUUGGCCGGAUUGUCGACGGAGACUUCUAUUGGCUAACUUUAUGGACGCGAUAAGCCUCGUUGAAGUCCUGACUUCAGUCUGACGCGGUGGUUUAACGAGUGUGUGUGCGUUUGUCUUUUAAUGAGCUGAGAACAGGAGAGACGACGAGAGACGCUCAUCUGUUCCUCACUCUGGAGUUUGAUUUUCUAUUCUUUCUUCUCCCUUUUUUUAAAUGUUCAUUAUUAAAAGUAAUUCAACAGAG